AUGUUUAGUAUCGCUACUUGUGUCGACAUUUGUAACGUUUCCGGAGUUGAUGUUGCUGAAGCUCAAAUUUCCAAUGACAUUGAUGUGGGUGUCUCUCAAGUCGUUUGGAUCCUUACUUCAUAUUCGUUAUGUUUUGGGGCAUUCCUAUUAAUCGCAGGAAGACUGAGUGAUUUCUAUCCCGCUCAAAUUGUCUUUGAAGCUGGUUUCAUGGGUUUGGGUAUAUUCUCAUUGAUCACUUCUUUCGUGACAUCAACAAGUGAAUACAGUUUUUUGAUUCUCAGGGGUCUAGGUGGUAUCUAUGGCGCAAUGCUCAUAGUAAUCGCUGAGAUCCUAAAAAUACUUUCUGACGGUGGAACAGGUGAUAAUUACUGGAGAUUCUGUUUCCCGGCUUUCUGCAUCGGAAGUUUCGGAGAGAUGAUCACUUAUUUUGCGAGCGGUGUCAACCUUAUCACUUAUUGUCCUCCGGAGCUGACUGACUUCGCGAUUGGUAGACACAGGUUGGAGGGGCAAUUACAAUGGCCUUUCAAGCUGGAUUACAAUAUACUUCAAAUAGCGUUCCUAAAUGGUCAAAAUCAGCUUCAAGAACUUGGUAUUUCAAUGAUCGCUUGGACCGUUGUAUUCGUUUUACAAUCUCUGCAAGGAACCUGA